GUCACGGUCUCGAGGCAGGUGAAAAGCACAAUAAAGCCUAUUUUCUAAGCGGGGUUCGAAGCCCGAUAAUUGGAAUAUUCUUAAGCAAAAUACUCAGCUGGGAAGCGGUGAAAAUGCAUAAAGCAUACCUUGCUGUAUUUAGUAGCUUAUAAGCUUUCGAUUGUGGAGGUGGAUCGAACCGAACCCACACCGGUGGACCGGUCAUCAGGCGCGCCGCGCCGAGCCCGACGACUAGCUAGCUAGACUCAUGACUAGACUGCGCCUGCGCGCGCAUCAUGAAUGAAGCUAAGACACCAUGGCCAACCUUCUCUGGAACGUGGGGCUAAAGGCCUUCAUUCUGAUUCCAUUUAUCAUCUACAGUAUUUCCAAGGGAUUUGUGCUACUUGGGUUAUCUCUUAUCUUUCGAGGAAGAAAAUGGAUGUUCGUGAAAAAAGAGCGAACUGGUCGACCGCCAUGUAUGGAUAAUCCGAGUUUUGGAACUCACAAAACUGUCCGAGUCAAGGGAUUAAACCUUCAUGUGGUUGUAUCUGGUAAUCCUCAACAUCCCCUGAUGCUCUUCCUUCAUGGCUUCCCAGAAUGCUGGUAUUCCUGGAGACAUCAAAUCAAAGAAUUCAACAAAGAUUAUUACUGUGUGUCCUUUGAUAUGAGAGGUGUCGGCGAGUCUGAUGCUCCAUUGGGUGUCAAGAAUUAUAGCAUAGAUGAACUUGUCAGUGAUGUGAGCGAAUUGGUGAAAGUUCUCGGUUACACAUCCUGCGUUGUCGUUGGACAUGAUUGGGGUGGAGCAAUCGCUUGGGAGUUUGCUUCCCGCUAUCCAGACCUGGUGGAGAAAUUGAUCAACAUGAAUAUACCCCACCUCGAAAGGUUUAGGGAGGUUAUGGAGAGUGGUACAUCUCAGCUUUUCAUGUCAUGGUAUAUUAUGUUCUUCCAGUUACCCCGUCUUCCUGAAAUUUUGAUCUCAAUGGGGGACUACGCCAUGAUCAAAGCGGCUUGUAAGAAAGGUCCCACAACCGAUGAAGAUAUAGAAGCCUUCAAGUACUCUAUGAGCAGACCAGGUCGGAUAACUUCAUUCUUGAACUAUUACCGGGCAAUGGUCCGGUAUCCACCGAAGGACGGGAGAGAUAAGAUCCAAUGUCCUACCCUACUUAUCUGGGGAACAGGGGAUACAGCCCUCCACACUGAUAAUUCCUACGGGACAGAGAAGUUCUGCGAAGAUCUUACAGUGGAGCGUAUAGAAGGAGGCGAUCAUUUCAUCCAACAGGAACGACCUAACGAAGUUAAUGAGAUCAUGAGGAAGUAUCUUGCUGACCAUUAGAUUCCUCAGGUCAAGCCAAGCCUGUCUCUCUCAACUUUUUUGCAUUCAUUUGUUGUUAGGAAAUGCAUUGCCUUUCUUUGUUGAGCAAUGAAACAAUCAUACUGAACCUAGACAUUGGACAGACGUUGAAUUAUGUAGAAUUGGAAUAAGUUCUAGAACAAGAUAUGUAUUUCAUCUGAUUUUUCUUAGUUUUGCUUUUGAUUAGAGCUUCAGGAAUCAUAUUAUUGAAUUGCACCAUACCUUUUCCAAAAUGAAAUUUACGGAUGACAUAUAUCAAUUAAAAUAUAAUUAAGAAAUAAUUGAAGACAAUCAACCAAUCAAAUUAAUCAAAUGGUCAGUCCACAAUCACAGCAACUCAGCAUCCCUAACUUUUCGAAAGACACAUGCAAUCUGCCAGAAUAAAUAAAGGUACAAGAGAAAAAAAAAGUUCUUAUGGUUUAGUGAUUAUAAUAUAUCAUAUGAACAUAUAUAAUACAUAAGAAAUUGAUCCAAUAUGGCAAUUUCUUUCACAUGCAUUUGCUAAGAACACCACAAAGAGUUUCUACACCAAACAUUUGGACAGUUUGAGCUUUAUUUAGCAAGCUAGAGGAAAAAGUAUGAUUUUGGAUACUAAAUUAUGCAUAUAAUUAGCAUAAUUAAUAGCAAUUUGCAUGAAAUAGAUUAGAAUUUUGUAGAUUAUGUCCUAUACAAUCUGCGUGCCAAUUUUCAGCAUGAUCGUGUGUUCGACGCUCAAGAUCUCUAGGGGGGCCUGCGUGCUCCCCCCCCCCCCGCCAUAUGAUCUCCCGGCCAUGAUAGGGUUAAACAUAAAUUUAUUGUGGCAUACAAGUGCGCUAGAUUUAAGCAACUCGGCACUAAACCAUCAGAAUAUUUUCUCUCUUUCCCUGGAAAAUACAAUAUCAUAAUCAAAAUACAUACCCGAAAAAUCAGGAAAAAUACACGUUAUUAAGCAGCUACUAAUUAUCUGGCUGUAAAAAUAAUCACCAAGCAUCCGCAUACUCAGAGUUUGCCAGCAGUCGGAAAAUCAAAUUAUGUUGGAAGUUGUCCAAAAUCCCCAUAAGAUUAGGGGAGAGGACGACUAAUUACUUGAAGCUGCUAGUUUUUUACAUCAGCGGUAGCUCUGAAACUGCUGUGUAACUCUGCGUAAUAAAGAUUAUUGUCUAAUGAGAAACUCCCCAAAAUGGCCAAUUCCUAUUGGUCAAUAACCUAGAAUAACAUCACUUAACUAUGAGAGUGGCGUGAUGUAACAAUAUCUUCUUUAGACGUGUGUCUCAAACUAUUUUCUAAAAUAUAAAUUUCACUUAAACAGAUUCUUUGCUUAGAAAAUAACAGAAGGUAGACAUUAUUUUGCCUGUAGGUAAAUCACUUUGAGUCGUGUUCACAUAUCAAAUGAAAUUAAAAUUAAGGUUAAUUAAGACAACCACAUCUUAUGGCAGUUUAGUCUUAACUAAUCACUAAAUAUACAAAUGAUAAAUUGCCACUACACAUAGAGUGUAUAUUAAAUUUUAUUAUAACUUAUUUCCUAGUUCUAAAUGAAAGUGAUUUAUUUGCUCUUUGUUCAUUCACUGUUUGCUGGUAAUCAUCAAACAUGUUUUAAUCGGUUCCAUGGCAUUUACUCCGGUGACAAUUUCUCCGCUGCAAAUUCCACACAUUAAUGGAAUAAUCAACUUCGCCCUGGAUUUAUCACUAUACCCUAUCCUAAACCUAACAUAACACCCUAUUCCAACCCUAAACCUAACCCUGUAUCUUAGACGAAAUAAAGCCUGGAGCAACUGUCGCUGUAGCAACUGUCGUGUUACCGUUUUGAUCAUGAAAAGCUAGGCAGUAAUUGGGAGCGAUGUUCCCCUUGAUAUUACUGUAUUCACUUUUAGUAUAGAAAAAAUAAAUUUGCUACGCAAGAA